AUGAAUUACGACCCAGCGUUAGGCUGGGACGUCGCUUUAGGGCUGCAGCUCUUUCUGGCUGCAUUAUUCCUUUUAUUUGUCUUCAAGCUUAUUCGUACCGGCAAGCGCGACCACCGACGGCUACACUAUGGCUCGGUUGCGAUUCUCGUCCUAGGGGAUAUCGGUAGGAGUCCAAGGAUGAUGUAUCAUGCUCAAAGCUUUGCAAGCCAUCGAGUACAGACAUACAUCGUCGCCUAUAAAGGGUCAAAACCUAUUCCAUCUCUACUUUCAAUGUCUCAUGUCGAGUUUCUAUAUAUCCCAGAGCCACCGCGCUGGAUAUCCAAGUUGCCACGACGCCUGUUCAUACUGCUGGCGCCAAUCAAGGUUGCAUACCAAAUAUGGGGCCUUCUCAAUGCUCUAGUACUACAGAUUCCAGAACCUCCGGUUCAUAUCCUAGUUCAGAAUCCGCCUACAAUCCCGACGCUCGCUGUUGCCUGGCUUGUGGCCCGUAUACGUGGGAGCAGAGUAAUCAUUGACUGGCAUAAUCUCGGUUACACGAUUCUCGCGCUGAGGCUUGGGGAGAAGAGCAGACUCGUAUCCUUGGCGAAGAAGUUCGAACAAGUGUUUGGUCGCUCGGCUUAUGCGCACUUGUUUGUGACGAAUGCUAUGAAGGAACAUCUCGUCAAAGAGUGGGACCUUCAAGGCAAAAAGAUUGUCCUACAUGAUCGACCGCCAUCCUAUUUUCAUCAAUGCUCCCCAAGCGAGAUUCACGACCUAUUUGUACGCCUUGUGCCGCUACUUACGGUUGAAGGGUCAUGGUUCCCAAGUUACAAGCUUCCUUCAACGACUCCAUUCACCGAAAUCGUAAAGUCUCCUCGGUACUAUGGUGGUGACACCUCUCUUCUCGAACCUCGAACUAGUCCAAACCUACGGCACGAACGACCGGCAUUGCUUAUUACCAGUACAUCAUGGACACCUGAUGAAGAUUUCUCCAUUCUCAUAGAAGCUCUCAAGAGGUACGAGCGCGCUGCUCGAACUCACAACGCAAAGCAACCAGCAAAGCCACUCCCUAAGGUUCUGAUGUGCAUCACUGGUCAAGGGCCUUUGCGUGCCAAAUACAUGGCAGAGAUUCAGGAUCUGAUUAUAACCGAAAAAUGGGAAUGGGUACGGUGCCAGAGCUUGUGGCUUGAGCCAGAGGAUUAUCCCCGACUAUUGGGUUCUUGUGAUCUCGGUAUAUCACUCCAUUCGAGCUCGUCAGCAUUGGAUCUUCCUAUGAAGAUUGUGGACAUGUUCGGGUGCCAUCUGCCUGUCUGCGCACUCAAUUUCGCCUGUCUGGGUGAGCUCGUCACGGACGGUCAGAACGGUCUCGUCUUUGAAGACGCGGACGGGCUGGCAACUCAUUUACAAACGUUAUUAUCAGGAUUUCCAAACUCGGAACAGUUGGACAGACUUCGCGCAAACCUUGGCCCUCAAGUAUCUUCGCCAUCUAGAAGAAUAUCAAAGGGAUGGAAGACAUGGGACCAAAACUGGGACGAGAAUUUUAAACCGCUCGUGAUACCCGAGCUAUCACAACAGUCGGAAGAGUGGCUAGAGGCCUUUGUCAAUAAGCGACGGUCUGCUACCGCAAGUUCGCCUUCAUUAUAG